UUUUGGCGAUAGUCAGCAUCAUCCUUCCGAAGGAUCGUCCGACGAAGUAAAGUGCAGUGCAUGUGCAUGUGGGCAGAAAUGCAACGGGCGAAUGUAGAUUUCAAUUGCGAUCGCAAGCAUCAAGUGAACCAGAAAUGAAAAAGUAAAAACAGCAUGCUUUCGUUCAAGUCAUAUUAUAUGUGGAUAGCAGCACAGCAAAGGCAUAAUUAGCGUGAGGAACAUCACGAGUGCGCCGGAGAUUCGCGUUUGGAACAACAAAAACUAACACUAGUGGGAAAACACUGAAGAAGUGGCUGCUGCGGUGCUUAAUUUCAUGCAUCUCGCGUUGGUUGCACACAGCCGCUGGUUCAUGUUUAUGCCGAAAGCGCAGCAAAAGUGAAUUUUUCAUUUUUUUCCGCCCAACUGCAACCGGGGGGCUCCAAUUGUAUGUAGUUUGUUUGUUCGUCUCGGAUCGGUUUCGUUUCGUUUCGUCGUGGGGUCUUAAGCUGCCGCGCCAUUCAAGUGCAGGCAAGCAAGUAAGCAAACGGGGGCGCUUCGGUACACUGGGCCCAGAAAGCAACAGACUUCAUUCGUCAGUCGGUACCAAACCGUCUCGGUAGUUGGAUCAGAUCGAGAGUGAAUGUGAUCGAAAGUGCUGCUGCUGCUGUGAAAAUAAAAGUUUAUGUAAGGCUGCUUCUUUUUUGACUGCAAUUCGCGAGCGCAAAAAUCGCCAGACGUGAAAAGCGGAGUGAUAGAUCGGUUCGAUCGAUUGACAGGAAAACAGUACGGUUUACGCUUGCUGAAGAAGAAAAGUUUUUUUUUCUGUUGGUUUCUUCCGAAAAGAAGCAACAGUGUCGAAUCUGUCAGUGAACUAAAACCACCCACCCACUGGAACUGGGAGGAUACAAGCUUCUUGCGCAGGUGUGAAAUUCCAGCUAGUUUCUUGCCGCUCGUCAGCUGAUUUUGUAUUUGCAAGUGAACCAAGAAAGAUCGGAGGAGCUUCAGCUUGCAAGAUGCGAUUUUUACCGCAAAUAUUGUGCGGCAUCGCAAUGGUUUGCCUCGUAUCGGGUCAGCAGUUCAAGUCACUGCAGGCGACCAGUGUGCGCAGCUCGGAGGAAAACAUCAGUGACGUAUCGCCGGCUGCCAGUGGAAAUGUGGCGUACCGUGCGAGGCCAUCGUACGCAGCCCAGUACAGCUCCGAGGAGGAAGAAGAGGAACCCCAGCAGGUGUACAACCGACGCCACCAAGACAAUAAAAAGGGGAAAAAACCCUCCUACUCUAGUGAAGAGUUGGAAGUCGAAGAAGAACCCGACCGUUUAUCGCUGCUGCUGGAAAAAUCUGACUUCCACUGCACGGGUCGCACCACUGGCUAUUAUGCCGACGAAAGUCUAGGCUGUGAGGUGUUCCACUAUUGUCAGGAGAACCAAAAGCACUCGUGGAUUUGUCCGGAAGGGUUCACCUUCCACCAGGUCCAUCUGAUCUGUAUGCCUCCAUCCAGCGAUAACAUCUGCGAGCAAUCCUCCAAGUACCACUUUGUCAAUGACUAUCUCUACAAACCGAUUAAUAUGGAGGAACAUAUGACGAAACCAAACGUCACUCUCAGAUAUUCGGAACGCUACUAUCCGGAGAACUUCUACGUGGACGAGCGUCACUACGACUACGAUCGCCAGCAGCGUCACCACGAGGAACGCCGCCAGCCAGUGCAGCAGUCCAAACAACAGUCAUAUCAGGCCCCCCAGCAGCAAACCGUUCGCAAACAGCCAACCUACAACAGUCCGACGACACCUUCCUAUCGGAUAGUGUCUUCGCCGAGUCCCACCCAUCAGAGUGCGUUCCGCAAUCCGGAGGAAAUCAACAUUUCGCUCCAGCAGAGAAGGCCUUCCUACGCACCCACCACCCAGCGCUACGAGGAGGACGAUGAGUACGGUAGCUACGAGCGGAAGUAGAGCGGGGGACGUGUUAAGAUUUAAGGUUUGCUGUCUAGUGUAGGUUGUAAGUUCGAAGAGCAAAGUAUGAGUUCUUUUGCCAUUACCAGUGACACUUUCACUCUAGCUCUCUCGUAAGCGAAUUUGUUUGCUUUUAUGUUUUCGUUGUUUUUCGCAAUCGCCUAGACGUUCUACUACAACUCUGCGUCCCGCAGAGGCUCUGUUAUCGUAAGAUACUGUCAUGGGACUAAUACUUGUUGUAAUGUUUCCGCAUGUAGUAUGUAAUGAUGAUUGAAUAAAAUUUUAAUUUUAUUAUUUAUUCA